AUGACUUUGAACACCGAAGACACGAGAGUCCCAACUGAGAACCACGCCUGCGUUAUGCUAGGGAUCGAAAAACUUGGCUUGGAGAGCCGACCUAUGCCUCCUCCGCCAGGGGAAUACGAAGUGAUAGUUGCUCCGAAGAAAACGGGCAUUUGUGGCUCGGACAUGCACCUUUUUGUCGAAGGUCGCGCAGGGGAGUCUUCGUUCUGUGACCCGUUGAUUCUUGGCCAUGAAGCAGCUGGUGUGGUCGUCCAAGUUGGAUCGAAGGUCACUUCCCUGCAUCCUGGAUUUUGCUGCAGGAGAUGCGAGUUCUGCAAAGGCGGUGAAUAUGGGCAAUGUGGUGAUUUCAAGUUCGCCGCGGCCGAUGGUUUCGAUGGAACAUUGCAAGGCUUUUUCACCAUCCCCGCCGAUUUCAAAGUGUUUGAACUGACGGAAAGGCGCAAGUCCAUGUCAUUAGAGGAAGGGGCUCUGGUCGAACCUCUCGCUGUUGCCGUAAUGGCUGUCAGCAGCGUUGCGAAGAUGAAGCACAACGCCAAUGUGGCAGUUUUUGGAGCCGGACCCGUUGGCCUACUAACCAUGGCGGUUGCAAAAGCCCUUGGGGCUAGACGAAUUCUAGCGGUUGAUGUCAACCAACAUAGACUAAAGUUUGCCAAGGACUACUGCGCGACAGAUGUCCACGCCGCCAUUCCCAAGAAUACUGGAGAAGAUAACAUAAAUUACUCCAGGCGACAUGCCCUUGAAAUCAUGAAUAAGUUCGGAUUUGGCGAGCGUGGAGAAGGUAUUGACCUUGUUGUGGAAUGCUCCGGCGCCGAAGUUUGCGUUCAGACGGGGAUCUGGCUUGCCAAACGACGUGGCAUGUUUGUUCAGGUCGGUGCUGGUCCCGCAAAUAACCUGAUCCCAAUGUCCAUCCUUGUGAACAAAGAAAUCACCGUGAAGGAAAGUUUGAGAUAUGGGCCUGGUUGCUAUCAGCUGGCUAUCGAUCUUGUGCGACAAGGGCGGAUUAAUUUGAAGCCCCUCUUGACACACCGCUUCCCGUUCAAGGAUGCCGCAAAGGCCUUCAAGGCAAUGCAGGACGGAGAGGGUGAAGACGGGAAAGUAACGAUCAAAGUCAUCAUUGACGGGCCUUUGGCAGGAACGCAUCCAUGA